AUGAUGGAAGAAAUAAACUCAAUGGUAGCAGAUUUAAUUCAUUAUCGCGAUUAUUUUUUCACUAAACAUGACGUCUCAUGCGCAGGACAAAAGCAACACUUCAUUCAGGAAAGACUGGACGAAGUUCUGGCCAAAUUGGACAGCCUCGAUGAUGAAACGAAAAAUAAAGCCGAAUAUCUAAUGCUUCGUGGCAAGGCAUUGAGUGUUGCGACCGAUCGUCAGGAAAUUUCAGAGGAAUUGCUAUCAAAAGCUGUUAAAUUGAACCCCACAUUAACAGAGGCAUGGAACUGCCUGGGCGAGUUGUACUGGACAAAAAAAGACAUGGACGGGGCAAAAAAUUGUUUCCUGGCUUCGUUAAACCACAAAAAAGACAAAGCAUCACUGAGGAAUCUUUCACUAAUUACAAGAUCAACUUGGAAAGAUCAGGAAGAAAGAUUAAAAAAUAUUGACACCAGCCUUGAUCUAGCCAAAGAAGCUCUCCAGUUAGAUUUAACGGAUGGAUUCUCCUGGCUCACAUUUGGAAAUGCCAACCUGGCCAAAUAUUUCAUCAGUCAAAAUCCUAAUUUAAUGAAGCAGUCAUUAUCUGCAUACAUCAGAGCUGAGACAGACCCAGUGGCAUGUAAUUCUUAUGAUUUGCACUACAAUAAGGGAACUGUCUAUGAAUAUCUAGAAGAAUAUGAGAAAGCCCUCCUAGAUUACGACGUGGCAUUGAGACUGCAACCAACAUUCGAAGAGGCAGCUCAAAAGGAAAGUCAACUGGUGAAAUAUUUGAAGGAAACAACACACUUGCUCUCAACAAAAGGUAACAUUAAAGGAAAAAGACUGAAGACAUUUGUUAGCAAAAUAACUCCAGAGUUACAUUUGGGUUCGCACUUACCUGUUUAUUUGAAGGAUGGGGAUUAUUCUGUAAAAAAUUUAAAAGAUUUGAAUACAGGUCCCAACCCCAAAACAAUUCUACUUGGUAAGGUUGUAGGCAGUUUGUUCAACAAUAGCUCAGUCUCUUUUACAUUCUCAAUAGUGGAUAAGAAUGAAGACUCUACAGCAGUCACAGUGUACAACGCUCUCCAUGGAUGGGGUGUCAAAAUUGAUGACUCAAUAGCCAUUCCGGAUCCAAGACUGAACAGAAUAAACUUUUCAUACAAAGGCGACUCAUUUGAUUUCUACACUAUCAGAGUCGAGCAUCCGAUGCACAUGAUUGUUAAUGCCAGGAAGCCAAAAGUCAACUCUGUGUCACUUGCUGUUUUGUCGUCAUCCAUUGAACAAUGA